CCUCCACCCAGACCGCCGCUCUCUUCAAGAGGGCAGCCGAAGCACAGGGCACACAGGACCGUGGUGUGCAGGACGGCAUCGUACACAGAGCGCCGCACCGCAAGCAUUGAAAACAUGAACGCAGACGCCUCCACAUCGGCGGCCGGAGCGCUGCGCUUCGACGGCAGCGAGCUCACAUACAAUGAGACGGUCGACGCUCUGUGCAGCUUUAUGACCGUGGCGCUGCACUCGAUCCUCUGCUUCCGCGGCGUCUAUCCCGCCAGCGUCUUCUCUCGCAAGCAGAGCUACUCGGUGCCCGUGUGGGCCUCGCGGCAUCCCGGGCUCAACGAGUACAUCGACGACAUCAUCGCCGCGGCGCGUGUGCAGAUCCUCAAGCGAAACGUGCAGGCCUGCCACAUCGUGCUCUCGUCUCUCGCGACGCAGAACAUCCUUGAGCGCUACCGCUUCGACCUGGACUAUCUCGUGCCGCCCGUCGCGGCCCGAGACUGCGACCUGGCCAUCCCGGGCAACAUGACGCAGCAGGGCAUCGACUUGCACCUGCGUGCCUUUAUGCAGAAGCUGCUUGCGCUCGACGGCGCGCUCGAGGAUCUCGACGAGCCGGACGAUCUCACCUGGGCAUUCGUGCUGGUCCCUCGUGACGGCUGUGCGCCGCAGACCGAUGACAAGACCGGCAAUGAGCCGCCCGAAGGACCAUGGGUGCCCUUCGACGACGGCCCGCUGCUGCCGCCAUCGCCUCGCUCCUCUCCGACCUCCUCGGCGCUGGCAGGCUCGUUUCCGAGCUCGAGCUCGGCCGACCGCAGCACGAGCCAGGUCGGCGGCUCGCUGACGAAUGCCAUGCCUCGCGGGCGCGACGCUGGCGGCCACGUUGGCGCCGACGACCCGCCGUCCAUUUUGCCGAUCAAGAGCCUCGACACGGGCGUGAUCAAUCUGAUGCUCUAUGUCGAGGAGCAUCCCGCCGCGAAGCGCCACAGCAGCGCAGCCUUCUCGCAGGCGAUGCCAGCCGAUGCGCGCCGCCUCGACACUCGCAGCGCCGUGCUGCCCAGCCUGACGCAGGGCGGCGUGAGCCAGAUGCCCGACGAGGUGCGCGACCUCGAUGCGCCGCCCGUCCAGCUGGCACGCGCCGCAGCGGCACGGCGCAAGAAGCGCGCCGACGGCACGGCCACCGUCGAGGAGCCGCUGCCCGACGAGGAGCAGCGCUCGAGCAGCGACGGCGGCGAGAGCGAUGCCAGCGAGACGAGCAUGCGCAGCGUGGGCUCCUUUGAGGGCUAUGGCGGUGGCGGCGGCAUGGCCGGCACGCGUAUGUAAUGCAAAGCUUCUGAC